GAGGCCGCCGAGGAGCCGGGGAGGAGCCUGCGCCGGGCGGCGGCGUGGGCGCGAAGUGAAACUCCUGGAAGUCGCGGGAGCGCGGGGAGCCGCGGCGGCGGGCCGCGCGCCCAUGGCGUUGAGCAAAGGGCUGCGGCUGCUCGGGCGGCUGGAGGCCUCGGGGGAGAGCAGCAUCCUGCUGGAGGCGCGCGGCCGCGGGGACUGCUUGCUCUUCGAGGCCGGCACGGUGGCCACGCUCGCUCCAGAAGAAAAGGAGGUCAUUAAAGGCCAGUAUGGAAAGCUCACUGAUGCUUAUGGCUGCCUGGGGGAGCUCAGGUUGAAGUCCGGUGGCACCUCCCUGAGCUUCCUGGUUUUGGUGACAGGCUGCACAUCUGUGGGCAGAAUUCCAGAGGCCGAAAUCUACAAAAUCACCGCCACCGACUUUUACCCACUUCAGGAAGAGGCCAAGGAGGAGGACCGCCUCACAGCCUUGAGGAAGAGCCUCAACUCAGGGGUCUUCUACUUCUCGUGGCCCAAUGAUGGGUCUUGCUUCGACCUCACUGUCCGGGCACAGAAGCAGGGCGAUGACAGCUCCGAGUGGGGCAACUCCUUCUUCUGGAACCAGCUGUUGCACGUGCCCCUGAGGCAGCACCAGGUGCGCUGCUGUGACUGGCUGCUGAAGGUCAUCUGCGGGGUGGUGGCCGUCCGCACGGUGUACGCCUCUCACAAGCAGGCCAAGGCCUGCCUCAUCUCCCGUAUCAGCUGCGAGGGCGCCGGUGCUCGCUUCCACACCCGAGGCGUGAACGACGACGGCCAUGUGUCCAACUUCGUGGAGACGGAGCAGGCGAUUUACAUGGAUGAUGGAGUGUCGUCUUUUGUUCAGAUCAGAGGCUCCGUUCCGCUGUUUUGGGAACAGCCAGGGCUUCAGGUGGGUUCCCAUCAUCUGAGACUCAACAGAGGCCUGGAAGCCAACGCCCCUGCUUUCGACAGGCACAUGGUGCUUCUCAAGGAGCAGUAUGGGAAGCAAGUGGUCGUGAACCUGCUGGGGAGCAGAGGCGGAGAGGAGGUGCUCAACAGAGCCUUCAAGAAGCUGCUCUGGGCUUCUUGCCACGCCGGCGACACGCCUAUGAUCAACUUUGACUUCCAUCAGUUUGCCAAAGGCGGGAAGCUAGAGAAAUUGGAGAACCUGCUGAGGCCACAGUUGAAGCUGCACUGGGACGACUUUGAUGUGUUCGCCAGGGGCGAGAAUGUAAGUCCACGUUUUCAGAAAGGCACUUUGCGGAUGAACUGCCUCGACUGCCUGGACCGAACCAACACGGUGCAGAGCUUCAUCGCCCUCGAGGUCCUCCACCUGCAGCUUGAGAGCCUAGGGCUGAAUUCAAAGCCCAUUGCCGACCGAUUCGUGGAGUCCUUCAAAGCCAUGUGGUCUCUGAACGGGCACAGCCUGAGCAAGAUGUUCACGGGCAGCCGGGCCCUGGAAGGGAAGGCCAAGGUGGGGAAGCUGAAGGACGGGGCCCGGUCUGUGUCUCGCACAAUCCAGUCCAACCUCUUCGACGGGGUGAAGCAGGAGGCCAUCAAGCUGCUGCUGGUCGGGGACGUCUACACUGAAGGGUCUGCGGACAAAGGAAGGAUGCUGCUGGACAACCAGGCCCUGCUGGGUGAGGGGCUCCCGCUCCGCCUGGGGAGGCGUCCGGCUGCCCUGCCAUCCAGAGGGCGGUGGUUGGGGGGUGCCAGCCUUCCCACCCCUCACGUCAUCCCAGAUGUGACUCCCAGGAUUCUGCGAGCCAUGUCGGAGCGCCAGGCGGAGUUCACGAAUUUCAAGCCAGUGCGUGUUACCGUGGGCACCUGGAAUGUGAAUGGCGGGAAGCAGUUCAGGAGCAAACUGCUGGGCACUGCCGAGCUGGCUGGCUGGCUGCUGGAUGCACCCAUGUUUUCCGGAGUCUCUGGAUCCCAGGAUGACAGCAGCCCAGCUGACAUAUUUGCCGUGGGGUUUGAAGAGAUGGUGGAACUGAGCGCAGGGAAUAUCGUCAACGCCAGUACCACCAACAGGAAGAUGUGGGGUGAGCAGCUUCAGAAAGCCAUCUCACGCUCUCAUAGGUAUAUUCUCUUGACUUCGGCACAGCUGGUGGGCGUCUGUCUUUAUAUCUUUGUACGUCCGUACCACGUCCCCUUCAUCAGGGACGUGGCGAUCGACACAGUGAAGACGGGCAUGGGGGGAAAGGCGGGGAACAAGGGCGCCGUGGCCAUCCGCUUCCGGUUCCACAGUAGCAGCUUCUGCUUCGUGUGCAGCCACCUGACGGCCGGGCAGUCCCAGGUGAAGGAGAGGAACGAGGACUACAGGGAGAUCACCCAGAGGCUGAGCUUCCCGACGGGAAGAAACAUUUUUUCUCACGAUUAUGUGUUUUGGUGCGGCGAUUUCAACUACCGCAUUGAUCUCACUUACGAGGAAGUCUUCUAUUUUGUGAAACGCCAAGACUGGAAGAAGCUCCUGGAAUUUGAUCAGCUACAGCUACAGAAAUCAAGUGGAAAAAUUUUUAAAGACUUUCACGAAGGCACCAUUGACUUUGGACCCACCUACAAGUAUGACGUUGGGUCUGCUGCCUACGACACAAGUGACAAAUGCCGCACCCCGGCCUGGACGGACAGGGUCCUGUGGUGGAGGAAGAGGCAUCCUUUUGACAGAACAGCUGGAGAACUCAACCUUCUAGACAACGAUCUGGACGCUGACACCAAAGUCAGACACGCCUGGUCUCCUGGUGCCCUCAAGUAUUACGGCCGAGCAGAGCUGCAAGCGUCUGACCACAGACCCGUGCUGGCCAUCGUGGAGGUGGAAGUGCAAGAAGUCGAUGUGGGUGCUCGGGACAGGGUGUUCCAGGAAGUGUCCUCUUUCCAGGGCCCCCGGGACGCCACCGUCGUCGUCAACCUUCAGUCGCCAACCUCCGAAGAGAAAAACGAGUUUCCCGAGGACAUGCGCACGGAGCUCAUGCAGACCUUGGGCAGUUACGGGACGAUCCUGCUCGUCAGGAUCAACCAAGGGCAGAUGCUGGUGACUUUUGCAGACAGUCACUCGGCGCUCAGCGUCCUGGAUGUGGACGGAAUGAAGGUGAAAGGCAGAGCCGUGAAGGUUAGACCGAAGACCAAGGACUGGCUGAAAGGUUUGCAAGAGGAGAUCAUUGGAAAGCGGGACAGCGUGGCCUCCGUGUCCCCCACCGCCAACUCCUGUCUGCUGGAGGAAAACUUCGACUUCACGAGUCUGGAUUAUGAGUCAGAAGGGGAUAUUCUCGAAGACGACGAAGACUAUUUGGUGGAUGAGCUGAGUCAGCCUGUGUUCUCAGAUAGUGAAGCGGGGGGAGACGAGCUCGCCGAUGCCCCCAGCUCCAUGGCAGUGGCACCUCCCAGCCGGUCACCGGCACUCACCAAAAAGAAGCAGCAUCCAACCUACAGAGAUGACGCUGACCUGCUCGACUUAAAGCAGGAGCUCGAAGCAGUUGGGGACUUCCGCCACCGCUCUCCAAGCCGGUCUCUGUCGGUUCCCAACAGGCCUCGGCCACCUCACCCACCGCAGAGACCCCCCCCUCCAACUGGUUUAAUGGUGAAAAAGUCAGCCUCGGAUGUGUCCAUCUCCUCUGGCACCCACGGGCAGUAUUCGAUUUUGCAGACAGCAAAACUUCUGCCAGGAGCACCUCAGCAAGCACCCAAAGCUAGGACUGGGAUAAGUAAGCCUUAUAACGUCAAGCAGAUCAAAACUACCAACGCUCAGGAGGCAGAAGCAGCGAUCCGAUGUCUCCUGGAAGCCAGAGGAGGCGCCCCAGGAGAAGCCCUAAAUGCCACAGCCUUGAGGGACCAGGGACCUUCCAAACCAGAGCCCACAGCGGGGGUGGCCCCACUCCUGCCCCGUCGGCCCGCACCCAGAGUUCCUGCCAUCAAGAAGCCAGCCUUGAGGAGGACAGGAAAGCCCGCGUCACCGGAAGAACAGUUUGGGCAUCAGGCCGUCCAUUUUACAAUCGGGCCCCCGGAGACGAGCCUUGACACCCCUCCUCUAGCGACAGUCCCUCCCGUUCCCAAACCGAGAACACUUCAGCCCGGGAAAGGUGCCGCCGCCACCGGGAAGCCAGCGCCGGACGAGGCCCCGCCCGCGGCCGCCCCGCCCCCUCCGGAGGCCCCGCCCCUCGUGCCCCAGGUGCCCCCGCGGAGGAAGAAGUCGGCGCCGGCGGCCUUGCACCUGCAGGGGCUGCAGAGCAACUGCCAGCUUCUCCAGGGGCCCCCCUGCAGCAGCCCCAGCAGCGACUGUCCCCCGGCACCCCUGCCUGCUGGGGGCGCGCUCUUCCCCCAGCCGGCUUUCCUUGGCCCUUCAUCACCUGCAAGCCCUGAGGCCGAUGGCACCAAGGACGCGAAGUCAGAGGCCGCCCCCCUCCUCGGCGAUUAUCAGGAUUAUCAGGAUCCCUUCUGGAGCCUUCUCCACCACCGUAACCUGUUGAAUACCUCCUGGCUUCCCAAGAGCCCUGACCCCCUGGACUCGGGGAACAGGAACCCCGGAAGGGCACACGCAGCCCCCCAGCAAGUCAGUGCCUCACCUGCCCAGGAGCCGCCACUGGAGCACAGACACAACGACUUCGGUCACUGGGUGACAACCAGUGACAAGGACAAGAGGACGGUGCUGCAGGUGUUUGACCCACUGGCGAAAACAUGACUGGGAAACUCCGACAGCAGCUCUCCCACAGGAUGUGUGCCUUCUCCCCCUGGCCUCACCUUAACAGGGGAAAGCCCAUUGGUCUCAACUCCCCAGUUGAAAGAGACAUCUAGUUAAAGGCACACUGAAAAAACAUUGAUACUCUUGUGUAGUUUACAAAAAUUGUGUCUCUUAUUCAGUAAGAUUAUUAUUCAGCCACCAAAAUAUGUUUUAUUCCAGACUUGUGCAUGUUAAGUUUCCUCUCAGGGUGUGAGAAACCUCCGGGUAGAUUCAGUAUACGGAUUUUAGGAAAGAGAAUCUAGCCGAUAAUGCCCAAGAAGUUCCCUCCCGUUGAAUUUUAAACGGUUGUUCAAGUUAUGUUUGUAUGUGGUGAGUUUUUUUUUUAAUAUUGUUUGUAUUUUACAGAUCUGGAAUAACUUUUUGGUGACCCACCUGAAGGUUGAUGCAUAAUGUAAGGAUUCCACUAAAAGGUGGUUGGGACCAUUAAGAGCUGUACCUGGCCGCUGACACCAGGUUAAAAAAGAUAUCAGAGUAGGAAGCAGCAAAUAGGUCAACCAAAAGAUUAGACUGUACAUUCCUGGGAUCCCUUGUGUUUAUUUAUGUACAUGUAUAUUAGCCGUGAUUAUGUGUGCGUCCUGGGGGAGAUGGUGUCACUCCCUGCUUUGGUUCCGGAGCAUAUACCAUUAGCUUCACCUGAGCUCCAACUGCCUAAGUCUCCUGUACCAUGUCUUGGACUUUGCAUGUCCCGUAAAUUGCUACAGUCCUAAGCUCUGGUGUGCUACCAGUUUUUACACACUCUCUAUUCCCUAUUAAAUAAAACCUCAUGGCUUUCUUUUUCU